AUGAAACGCCACAUUGGGAAGAUGGAGCACACGGCCCAGUACAUGAGUGCAGAACAGCUGCCAAUGGAGGCUCCUUCCAACAAGAAUCUAGUUGGGAUGGGAGACCCUGCAACAAGCUAUCAUAUGGGAUCUACAAGCUGUGCCUGGUCUCUUAUCAGUGCAUGGGAGCUGGAAGAUCCCAAUGAUCAGUUGUGUCAGCAGUUCUCCCAGCAUCUCAAGAACUAUCUUCUGUUGCAAAUCUCUGGGAAGGCUCAUGACAGUCCCAUAGAAGACUUUUUGACAGAGGAAAGGGCAGAAUUGUUGAUCUUGCAAAACUGA